CUUCUUGUCAUAACAACAACAAAAGUGCAAUUUUUAAUCAUCCCCCAUUUUGUGGCUACAUUGUUCUCUGGUCACUACCUGUUAUAGGGUUCAGAUAUGUAAGAAUAAGUGUCGUUUAAAAUCAAAAAUGGGUAAUCAAUUAGUGAGUAUUGCCCCAUCGCAAAUCUACCCCGUCGAAAGAUACCUAAGCAACAGCCCCGACUACAAAUUUGAGGCCAGUCUUGGCAGCACAAGAUUCCUAAAAGUAGCCCGUGCAUCAUGCGUGGAAGGGCACGUCGUGAUAAAAAUCUUCGCCAUCCAAGAUCCAUCUUUGCCCUUGGCCACUUACAGAGAUCACUUGGAGGAUGUCAGACAAAAGCUGUCCUCUGCAGUUAACUGCAUACCAUAUUCCAAAAUUAUUCUCUCAGACACAUGUGCUUUGCUGACGCGCCAGUACAGUAAGGAUACAUUGUAUGACCGGAUCAGUACUAGGCCAUUUCUAACUAAUAUUGAGAAAAAAUGGAUUACAUUCCAGAUCCUGUAUGCACUGCACCAGUGCCACAGAGUUGGCGUUUGUCAUGGUGAUAUAAAACUAGAGAAUAUAACUGUGACUUCUUGGAACUGGGUUUUGUUGGUGGACUUUGCUAGUUUCAAGCCCACAUUUUUGCCAGUCGACAAUCCCGCCGAUUACUCGUACUUCUUUGACACAUCCAGAAGGAGGAUGUGCUACAUUGCACCAGAAAGAUUCACAAGAACCGCACACGCACCAGCCAGCGAGCAUAGUGCCCUCAUUGAAGACGCCAAAUGUGAUUACGGAAGUCUCACACCCGCAAUGGACAUAUUUUCUGCUGGGUGCGCCCUCCUCGAGUUAUGGAACGAGCUGCACGUUCCGUUCGAAUAUUCGCAACUUCUGGCGUACCGCGAAGGGGAGUAUUCGCCGCAAAAGCACCUGGAUAAACUGGAGGACCCCAAUUUGCGGUCCUUGAUUGCCAGCAUGAUCGACAAGGAUCCCGCGAAUCGGAAAUCGGCCGAGGAUUAUUUGGCUCAAGAACGCGGCAGACUUUUCCCCGAGUAUUUUUAUUCGUUCCUGCAGUCCUACAUGCUCAUUUACUCGUCCACACCUAUUCUGUCGCCCGACGAAAAGAUUAUGAGGUUAAAGGGGGACGUGGAGAAUAUUUUUAAAUUUUUAGGCCCGGAAAUACGUUCCGGAACAGGCGAGGACAGCGAGGGCGAAAAGUUUGAAGAGGAGAGAACUGAAUGUGAGGGAUUGGUACUGAUGACUUCCCUGGUUACGUCGUGCAUUCGAGGGUUGAAUGAUUGCUCCUCCAAGUUACACAGUCAGGAGAUUUUACUGCUGUUAGCAUCACACGCCAGUGACGAAACCAUUCUGGACAGAAUACUUCCUUACCUGAUGUUUUUUGCCUCAUCAGAUUUGAAUUCAAGGGUGAAAAUUGGAGCAAUAGAUACAAUAACAAAAUGUCUGAAUCUAGUCAAGAAAGUGCCAAGAACUAACGUAAAUAUAUUCCCGGAAUAUGUCCUCCCCUUUUUGGCUCCAUUGGCCACUGAUCCUAUAGUUUCAGUGCGUGUGGCUUACGCCAAAAACAUCGCCACUUUGGCCCAAACUUCCCUAAGAUAUUUAACACAGUUUUUGGACGAAAGCGGCGACAACAUGGAACAAACCAGGGAAGGACAGAUCUUCAACUAUGAACAAGAAUUGCAGGUUUUGCAGGACAUGAUUCUACAACCAGUUUCAUCCUUAUUAACAGACACCGCCAGCAUCGUAAAACAGACUUUCCUCCAUAGCAGCCUGACCAAACUAUGCAUAUUUUUGGGAAAACAAAAAACAAACGAUGUUCUGUUACCGCAUGUGAUAACAUUUCUGAACAACAAGGAGGACAAAGAACUGCGUGAGGCCUUCUACGACUGUAUCGUUGGCCUUGCUUGUUACUCCGGCUUUGCUUGUUUGACUGUUUUAUCACCGCUCUUGCUACAAGGUUUGACCGACACAUCCGAAUUCGUCAUUCGCAAGGCGAUCAAUGCCAUGACACAGUUGGUGAGUCUCGGACUGGUGGAUCGGUUCGUGGUGACCGACAUAGUGGCCGAAUGCGCAUGCUAUCUGGUCCACCCGAAUCUGUGGAUACGUCAAGCGACUGCGGGCUUCGUUGCCGCCGCCUCCAAGGCGUUGGGCGUGGUUUACGUUCAAGUACGAGUGAUCAAACAUUUGAAGCCAUACAUGCAACGCACUACGAUGCACUUAGAAAAGCCCGAAUUAGUUCUGGAUUGUUUGAAACCGGCGAUUCCCAGACAGGUGUACGAUAAUGUUCUUCAAUAUCCUGACAUAGAUGCAGUUUUUCUCACCUUGCAUGACAAACAAAACAUUAGAGAGAGUGUUCAAGCCGGUAACGUGCCAGCUGAGGUCAAUAGAGAAAGUACCCCCGGCCUUAAACAAUUAUUCCGACGAUUGGAGGCAAACGGACUGACGGAACAAAUGGAAGAGUUCCUGCUUGGCAUGGAAAACCACCUAAAGAAGAUCCACAAACUGCGCAGCAACGCAGAAGCGAGACAAAACAAGCAGAACGACGGCAAAAUCGAAUUGACGUCGACCAAUUUGAAUAUAAAAACGCACGUAAUGCAACUCGGCGAGGCACCGAAAACCGAGUUCAUGCCCAACAGAGCGAUGCACCGUACCAACACGGCCGGUUCAUUGGAAACUAACAUCAAUUCGGAUUGGAAUUACAGUACGGACGUUCUGAAUCGACAGUCGGAGGGCACAAAUUCGGCCGGACCCCCGUCCAGAUCAUCGUCCAGCCGACCAUCUUCGCCGCCUCCCGAUGCGCAUGCGCAGUUCACCAGCACCGAUCCCUCAACCAACGUGAGCUUCCACGAGCGCUCCUACAUUCAAUGCAAAAGACCGAACUGCUACGUCGAACUGAUUGCCCUGAAGAACCGUCAGCAGCAACGGUUCUACGAGGCCAUCAGGAGUCGGGAGUUUGAGGAGCAGGCGCGCUUCUUUCCAUCGCUACCGCCACCAGGCUGGCGACUGAAGGGCACGCUCGCCGCUCACUUGCACGAGCAUCGGGGCGCCGUCACGAAACUGUGUUCGGUGCCCGAAUCGUCGUUGUUCGGUUCGGCGUCGCACGAUGGCACGGUUUUGCUGUGGGACUGCGCGAAGAUCGAGGGCAGGAACAUCGCCAACCGGUCCAAGCAACACUACAAGUUUCCCAGAGAGGCGAAGGUUACGGGGAUGACUGCCUGUGACGCCGGCCAGGCGUUCGCCGCCAUCGCUUCUGAUGGGUCCUUGAAAGUGUUGAGGAUUGACAAUGCUAGUGGGAAAAUGAACGCUAUCAACUCUUUGCAGUUGGAUGAAAAGGUCGAUGGUUACGCUACUGACAUCCACUCAAUUGAUUCUGGGUCUCAGAACGUUUUGGUUUAUUCAACGCUUUUCGGUUCCAUAUACGGCUGGGACUUGAGAUCGAACUGCAGAACGUUCCAUUUAAAGAACGACGUCAGGAACGAUAUCAACAGUUUUUGUAUUGAUCCCAAACAUAAUUGGUUGUGCUUGGGUACGACUGAUGGGGAUUUAAUCACGUGGGAUCUCAGGUUUAGGCUUGCAAUCGCCACCAUUGAUAAAAACGAUUCUGGUGUUUCCAGAAUCAGGAAGGUGAUUUGUCAUCCUACUGAAAAGUCAUGGGUUAUCGCAAGCGUACAGAACAACAAUGAAAUAUCGAUGUGGAAUUUGGAAACGAAUUUUAAACAGAGGGUUUUGUGGGGAAGCACCACGCCCCCAUUGUCUAGAUCGCCACAGGGUUCGAGCCAUGCCGUUUCGGCUUUAUUAGCCGGCUGCGUUGACAAGUCGCCGUUCCUCCUCACCGGUGGUACGGAUCAAAGAGUGCGGUUCUGGGAUUUAGCCAGUCCCUCGGAAUCCUACUUGGCCAUACCGGCAGCCAAUGACCCACCGGGGAUUUCGCUGCAUUACGAAAGUAGACUGAUCGACGGUACUCAGGUGAUAUUUGAGCACUGCAAAGUGAGAUCGAAAGACAGGGAGGAGGAAGGAAGAAUGUAUAGAGCGGGACCUGAGCCGCCGCCAGCCGGUCACAGGGAUUCGGUCUCUGAUAUGAUAUUGUGCAAGGCGUCACAAUGUUAUUUGGUUUCUUCGUCUCGUGACGGCGUUAUCAAGAUAUGGAAGUGAUUUUUUAUAUUUAAAUGUAGUUAUGUAUUAUUAAUAUUAUUAUUCAAUAUAUGAUUUUAACUUUA